AAAAAGAGAGAAAAAGGGUUAGAAUUAGAUGCAUUGUGGAAGGUAGAACAGGCAGUGGCCACACACAUGACAUACCUCCGACUUUCCAGUAUAUGCCAAACCAAGAAAAUACAAAAUCGAGAGAGAUAUAUAUAGAGGGGGAGAGAGAGACAGAGGUUGCUCGUCUUCGAGUUCCGAUCUCCACAUUCAAGUUAGCGAGCAGCAACUGUAUGUUAAUGGAGGGGUUGACGUCUUCUUCUGAUGAACUGAAGAAGAAGAAGAAGAAGGAGGAGGAUAUGGAGCAUGAGAAGGAGGAGAAGAAGAACAGCAAAAAGGGGGCGUUGGGCUGGAUUGAAUGGUUGAGAGGUUGGAUGUACGUCAUUCAUGAGAUGCUAUUUCAGAGAAUCCUGGCCAGCCAUCUGCAGAAUCCUAUGCCUCUCCCUCCUGUUAACGACCUUACUUGCAUUGUCACCGGAUCCACCAGCGGUAUUGGCCGCGAGAUUGCCAGGCAACUGGCAGAAUCAGGAGCACAUGUUGUCAUGGCAGUGAGGAACCCAAAGGCUGCUCUUGACUUGAUUCAGAAGUGGCAAAAUGAAUGGUCUGGCAUGGGCCUUCCUCUUAAUAUUGAGGUAAUGGAACUUGAUCUUCUAUCUCUAGAUUCUGUUGUGAAAUUUGCUGAAGCAUAUAAUGCUCGUAUGGGACCAUUACAUGUUCUUAUCAAUAACGCAGGAAUAUUUUCCAUAGGAGAGCCACAAAAAUUUUCUAAAGAUGGUUAUGAAGAGCACCUGCAAGUGAAUCAUUUGGCACCUGCAUUGCUUUCAAUAUUACUCUUGCCAUCCCUUAUCAGAGGUUCCCCAAGCCGAAUAAUUAAUGUGAACUCCGUUAUGCAUUAUGUUGGCUUUGUUGACACGGAAGACAUGAAUAUCAUUUCAUCGAAAAGGAAAUUCACAAGCUUAGUUGGAUAUUCGAGCAGUAAGCUGGCACAGGUUAUGUUUAGCAGUGUUCUUCAUAAGAAGCUGCCUGUUGAAUCUGGCAUCAAUGUAGUGUGUGUAUCACCUGGGAUUGUUCAUACAAAUGUGGCAAGAGAUCUUUCAAAAUUUGUUCAAGCUGCUUAUGGCCUAAUUCCUUAUUUUAUCUUUAGUCCUCAAGAAGGUUCCAGAAGCACUCUCUUUGCAGCCACGGAUCCUCAAGUUCCAGAGUACUGUGAACUACUUAAAGCAGAUCAGUGGCCUGUUUGUGCAUUUCUUUCCCAAGAGUGCCGUCCAACAAAUCCUUCAGAAGAGGCACACAACGUCGAGACUUCUUACCAAGUCUGGGAGAAAACAAUGGAGAUGGUUGGGUUAACUUCGGAUGUGGUAGAGAGGCUAUUAGAAGGGGAACAAGUUGGUUGUCGCUAUGGAGGAACUGAUUUGGCUGACUAAUGGUAAUUGAUUAGUUUUCAGCUUUAGCCUUAUAAAUCAAUGAUGAAGCACUAAUUCACUGAAUUUAAUUUCGAAAUGAAGAUUUUGUUGUACUAUUCAGUUCAUUUGCUAUUUCAAUGGAUUUACAGUGGGAGUAGGGCUGGUUUCUACCUAUUUUGUAGUAAGUAAUUGAAUUUCCUUGGUUUC